UUGAGGCUGUGCCAGCUGCUGGAUCGGAUCGUAACAGCUGAGGAGAGAGCAGCACGUGGCUUCUCCCUGUCGUCAGGCAAAGCUCUUCAGUGAGGUGGGCUCCGGGAGGGCUCUGUGCCUCUGCUCAGCCGAGCUCCAGCCAGAAGCUCAGGGAGGCAGAGGAGGUGCAGGGCUGCAGCUGCUGCCCGGCUCUCAGGAAAAGGCUGGCCUCUCUUCCUCCCUUGGCUGCAGGGACAGCCAGGCUCAACUCCACCUGAGCCAUGCCAGCCAACCUCACAGCCGGCAGCCCCGAUUCCAACAGGACCGUGCAGGCGCUGGACCCUCCGGUCCUUUGCACGGAAACGGCAACUUUCACUAAAGUGGUGGAAGGAGAGGAAUGGGGCUCCUUCUACCACUCCUUUAAGACGGAGCAGUUGAUAACCCUGUGGGUCCUCUUUGUUUUCACCAUUGUUGGAAAUGCCAUCGUGCUGUUCUCUACAUGGAGGAGGAAGAGGAAGUCAAGAAUGACCUUCUUCGUGACUCACCUGGCCAUCGCAGACUCUUUCACAGGACUGGUUAACAUCUUGACAGAUAUCAUUUGGCGAUUCACUGGAGACUUCAUGGCUCCCGAUCUGGUCUGCCGAGUGGUCCGCUACUUGCAGGUUGUGCUGCUCUACGCCUCUACCUAUGUCCUGGUGUCCCUCAGCAUAGACAGGUACCAUGCCAUCGUCUACCCCAUGAAGUUCCUGCAAGGAGAGAAGCAAGCCAAGGUCCUCAUCGUGAUUGCCUGGAGCCUCUCUUUCCUCUUCUCCAUUCCCACCCUGAUCAUAUUUGGGAAAAGGAAACUCUCCAAUGGUGAAGUACAGUGCUGGGCCCUGUGGCCUGACGACUCCUACUGGACCCCAUACAUGACCAUCGUGGCCUUCCUGGUGUACUUCAUCCCUCUGACAAUUAUCAGUGUCAUCUAUGCCAUUGUGAUCAGAACUAUUUGGAUCAAAAGCAAAGCCCAUGAGAUGGUGAUUUCCAACUGCUCAGAUGGAAAGCUGUGCACCAGUUAUAGCCGAGGGCUCAUCUCAAAGGCAAAAAUCAAGGCCAUCAAGUAUAGCAUUGUCAUCAUUCUCGCCUUCAUCUGCUGCUGGAGUCCAUACUUCCUCUUCGACAUUUUGGACAAUUUCAGCCUCCUUCCAAACACCAAGGAGCGUUUCUAUGCCUCUGUGAUCAUUCAGAACCUGCCGGCCUUGAACAGCGCCAUCAACCCCCUCAUCUACUGUGUCUUCAGCGGCUCCAUCUGCUUCCCCUGCGGGGAGCAAAGAUCACGGGAUUCCAGAAUGACAUGUCGGGAGAGAAGUGAGAGGCAUGAGAUGCAGGUUCUGUCCAAGCCGGAAUUCAUGUAGACCCUGGAGCAGUGGUAGUGUCAGGCUGAGCCCCAUCAGCUCUCCUGGGUCUCCAUCACCGCCUUGAGCAUGUGCACAAAGCCUGAGCCAACUUCUCCACCCUGCACCUUUCAUCACUCGGGGGAUGCACAAGGCAAAUGCCUUAAUGUGUGUCACCUGCAUCAGCAAGUAUUGGUUAAUAUCAAGUCACCAACUAUUCAUACCAGCCAGGAGAGAUGCCCCUUCCUUCCCCACUACUCCCAGGUGGUCGGCACCUGAAUCAAUGGACAGAGACAUCACUGGCCCAGGCUCCAAGCUUGAGCAAGCAGAGGGGACUAAAGAAGCAUAGUUGUACAUGUGUCUUAUAAUUACAAUUUAAGAAGUAAAUAAAAGACUUACCUGGACCUAGAUUUUCCUCCCA